AUGUUUUUUCCAGAAAAGCCGACCGUUGAACAUGGAUGUGACUCUUCAAGCAGCAAAUCGGUAAAUGUUGAGCAGCAAAAUGGCAGCGUUAUUUUGGCUCCCAAAAAGGAACCCGCCUCAAGGACAGGCAAAGAGCGGGUGAAAUUGCUGACAAAUUUCUGGGAGGUCAAUGUACAAAGCAAAAUAGUCUAUCGAUACAAUGUGGCUGUGUAUAUAGGAACCCCAACGAACGAGAAGGCUGUGGACUAUCUGCGAGGUGCUCGUGACGAUAGUGCUGUGGUCGCUAGACGCAAAUUAUGUCUGAAGGGCGCUACAGUUCGCCUUGGAACAUUACCGUAUACUUAG